AUGUCUCAUAUCGGCCUUUUGAAAGUUGCAUCCGCCCUUUUGUUUCUUGCACUAAUAUGUAACCUAGCACAAAAGCUGUUCGAAAGGUACAUUGCCUUUUAUUUAAGACAAUGGCUCAUGAAUUGCUCAGGUGGUGAAUGCAAUAAUUUGAGAUGGUGGCAAAGAUUUCCUCCACUAGAAAAGUUGGUUUGGAGUUUUCUUGAUAGCACGGAGGGCGAAGACUGA